AUGGGUAACGCUCAGUCUCUUGAGGCCGCUCUUGAUGGCGUUGAUCUCGGCACGGAGAUUGAUAGCUUCAACGUCAAAUAUGUUGGCUCCGUCCCCGUCAAGGCUGGAACCGGCAACGACGUGUGCCGUAACGCCGUGGAACGUCUCCGCUCGCUCCACCUCAAGGAAAAACCCAUUCAUCUCAAGGUCACCACGCUUGGUUUGUAUCUGAUUGACGCCAAGACCUGCGACGUGGUCAAGGAGGUCAAUAUUGAAGAAGUCUCGUUUGUGGCUCAAGACGCUUACGAUCAACAACUGGUCUCUUUUUUUGAAAACGACAAGUCGAUGCGUCUCAUCACCUGUCACACAGUUCGUAUCGCGCGCGAUGGACAUGCCAUCCCCGUUGCCAUCAACGAAGCCUUCAAAGCUCUCAAGGGGGAGAUCACCGUCGAGCCCAAGCCAGGCAAGAGCAAGCGUCGCAAGUCCACGUCCAAGAAGGACGCUCUGAAACAAUCGACCGCCAAGUCGACUACGCUGGAAAAGGGCAACCUGCAACAGUCCUACUCGGUCAAACUGAUCGGCAUUGUCAAUGUCAGCAGUCCCAAGGGGGAUGAAGUCAUCUUGGAAGCUGCUUCCCGCAUUCGCAAGCUUAACAGCAAACCCAUGGAGGUCAACCUGAACAUUUAUGACAAGGCCUUUGCCCUGGAAUCCUCAAAGCACGAGCUGCCCUUGCAGAUCUGCCACAUUCGCGAAAUUAGCUUUGCCAAGCGCCUCGAGGACGAUACACCCCCUCUUUUCACCUACAUUAUCCAUGAUCGUCGCCUGGAUAAGAUGAGCUGUACCGCGGUUACCCUGCCAGAGAAUCUAGCAGACGAUCAACCUUCCAUUCGUCGCAGCAUCGACGCCGCCCAAAAGGCCUUUGUGGCUGAAAUCAAGGCCAAGGAACAAGAGAAGGCCAUGCAAGCCAUCCUCGACGGCCAGUCGGCUGAACAGGUCGAUUCAAACAAACUCGCCAAGCAAGCUGACAUGACAAGUGGUGCCAUCAUGGGCGUCUUUGAAGCCACCUACCUGGGCGCAAUUGUCGUCGAUCAACUCAAGGGCAUCGACGUGGUGCAAAACGCGGCCAACCAGGCCCUCAAGCUCAAGGCUGCGCCUCAGGGCGUGUUUGUGCAUGUUGCGACUGAGGGUAUCAAGAUUUUCGAAUCCCUUUCCCACGAGGUUCUGGGUGCCUUUGUCCUCAAGGACGUGAGCUUCACCACCGUCGUGGGCAAGCGCAAGGAUCAAUUCGCUUUCAUCCAAAAGGAUGAUACGCUCAACCUUAUCAAUUGCCACGUCUUCCUCUGUGCGGGCGAGCGCGCAUUUGACAUUGCGACCGCCGUCAAUGAGGCCUUCAAAGCCUUUGCCGAGGAACAGAAAAAGACGGGAGGCAAUCCAUUUAUGCCCUAUGGAGAGCGAGAGGCGCCACCGGAUCACCUCUUUCACAAGCAGGUGCAUCGCGUUGAUCUCAUCCCGCGCAAGGCCAUCGGUGCCGGUCAAUUUGGUCAGGUCUAUCUCGCGGACCAAAUUGUCAAGGACGGCGACGGCAAGGAUGGUGGCAACCGUGUCAGUCGGGCCGUCAAGAUGCUUCGUGGUGGUGCCUCCGCCGAGGAUAAGACUGACUUUGAGUCCGAGGCCACCGUGAUGCUUGAACUUGAGCAUGAAAACCUGGUUCAGCUCAUCGGUGUUUCCAUGCAGCAGCGCCCUUGGCUCAUGGUUCUCGAGUAUCUGCAGUACGGUGAUUUGCGCAACGUCCUCAAGGGUUGCGCCAGUAAAAACAUUGAGCUCCAGUACGAGGACCAGCUCAACUUUGCCGUCCAAAUUGCCAAGGGUAUGGCUUACAUCGCGGCCCAGGGCAUGGUGCACAUGGACCUUGCCGCGCGCAAUUGCCUCGUCGCCGAAAACAAUCUGGUGAAGGUGGCCGACUUUGGUCUCACACGCAAGAUUCCUGAGGGCCAGGACUAUUGGCAAUCCAAGACGGUGAUGAAGCUCCCCGUCAAAUGGUGCGCCAUUGAAGCCCUCGAUGACCGCAUUUUCUCCGAAAAAUCAGAUGUUUGGGCCUAUGGUGUGGUUAUGUGGGAAAUCUCCAGCUACGGCGCCAUGCCCUACGAAGACGUCAAGACGCAGGAGGUGCAGCGCCGUGUGCGUGAAGGAUUGCGCUUGGAGCCCGUGCCCAAUACAAACCCAGAUUACUUUGCCCUUGCCAAGUCAUGCUGGCGCCUCGACCGCCAUGAGCGCCCAUCCUUUGCCAACAUGGCACAGGAAUUGCAAACGUAUCUGCGGAACAACAAUGCCGCCGCCGUUCGUGACAUCGGUGCAGCCCUCAAGAGCACGUCAUGA